AUGGUUGCCUCUCCUAUCUGCUCCAAGACCAGCUUCCAUGCUCGAUCCAACAGUCUACCCUCUAGACCACACCCAAUCAUUUCUGAAUUUGAUGAGCAUAUUUGCAGAGUAAGAGAUUCACAGGCCACCUCUUCAUCAUCAUCAUCAAUAGGCCACAAACUAUGUAGCCUUCAGGAUUUGUAUGAUUCUGUUGAUAAGUUCCUACAACUGCCACUUACACAACGAUGCUUAGCACGUGAACACAAUCAUAAAUGUGUCGAUGGCCUACUAGAUGGAUCUCUUAGGCUCUUGGAUGUGUGCAACUUUACCAAGGAUGCACUAAUGCAAUCGAAAGAAUACAUUCGUGAGCUUCAAUCGGUUAUUCGAAGAAGACAAGAAGGUCUUGACAGUGAGAUCAGGAAAUACACAGCAUCCAGGAAAGUAGUAAAGAAGGCAAUAAAAAAGGCCAUGAAGAGCUUGAAGGGCAUAGAAAACACGUGCACCUUCUCUAAUGAAGACCCUGAGAUUGUGGCCAUGAUUGGCAUGUUAAGAGAGGUUAAGUCCAUCAGUCUCACCGUGUUCGAAUCAUUGCUAUCAUUCAUUUCUGAACCAAAGUCACAAGCAAAGAAAAGCGGCUGGUCAUUGGUUUCCAAGCUGAUACACCACCAAAAAAUAGCUUGCGAGGAAGAAGAAACAAAUGUGAAUGAAUUUGCAGUGGCUGAUGCUGCGUUGGAAUCUCUUAUCAGUUGCAAAACAGAUGAGAUGAAGAAUGUGCAAAAGAAGCUGAACAGUUUGGAUUUGUGCAUUGAAGAUCUUGAAGAUGGAAUUGAAGGCCUCUUUAGGCGCAUGAUAAAAACUAGAGCCUCCUUUCUCAAUAAUUUCAAUUAG